CUGCGGAGCUCCAUAAAAACAAAUGCAUCGCCCCCAUCCCCAUCAUCGGAUCGGUUGGUUUAUGCACCAGCGCCCAGCGGUUUCUCGAGGUGCGUGCGUGCGUGCGUGAGAGAGAGGCGACUUCCCGGAGGUUUAGCAUCUUCUUCUCUCUCUCUCAGUCUCACCCUGUCCCUCGCAAAAGCAUCUCCAUCCUUCGCUCCUCUCUUCCCGCACUGUUCUCGGAAUCGCUCUUCUCCUCCGCGCUGUUCUUGGAAUCGAAAGGUGGGAAGCGCAAUGAGCAACGAGUUCGAUUACCUGUUCAAGCUUCUCCUGAUCGGCGACUCCUCGGUGGGCAAGUCCUGCUUCCUCCUCCGCUUCGCUGACGACUCCUACGUGGACAGCUACAUCAGCACGAUCGGCGUCGACUUUAAAAUCCGCACGGUCGAGGUGGAGGGCAAGACCGUAAAGCUGCAGAUUUGGGACACAGCAGGGCAGGAGCGGUUCAGGACCAUCACGAGCAGCUACUACAGAGGAGCUCACGGGAUAAUUAUUGUUUAUGACAUCACGGACAUGGAGAGCUUCAACAACGUGAAGCAGUGGCUUGACGAGAUCGACCGAUACGCCAACGACAGCGUGCGCAAGCUUCUUGUUGGUAACAAAUGUGAUCUGGCCGAGAACAGGGCUGUCGAUACUUCAGUAGCACAGGCUUACGCUGAAGAGGUAGGCAUCCCGUUCCUCGAAACGAGCGCUAAGGAGUCGAUCAACGUCGAGGAGGCGUUCUUGGCAAUGUCUGCUGCAAUUAAGAAAAGUCUGCAGUGUGGCUUCCUGCAAAACGGAAACGCAAAGAACCAUUGGCGACGGAAAUUGCUAGACCUGAGCUUCUUGUAGGAACAGAGCAGCAAAUACUGAACUAACCUUGUUCCUGAGCAUCUCGACCUCCCUAGAGAUGAUCUGCAUCUGUUCAACAUACGAGAGCAGCACAUCGAAACUUGCAGAUACAAGAUACUAAUUUUCUUUUCGAUAAAGAUUUCAAUCUGUCUGUAUAAAAAAGCGUAUAAACCUUACCUUCUGGCAGCGAAUGUUAUUUACCCAUAUUUGAAGCUUGUUUUCAAUGGUUUGGAGCUUGU